AACGACUGGUUUUUUGUCAGGCCAAUGGCAUUCCCUUUGUUCUAACAGGUCCACUAAAACCCUAGACUAUUUCUCUUCUCUCUCUCUAAAAAUUCUCUCUCUAGAAAUUCUCGCUCUCCCUCUCUUUUCACAAAAUUUCUUCAAUUCUUACACCCCUGUGUGGAUCGUAAAUGGAGUUGGAUCGAUCGGAAACGUCGGGUUCGCUCGCUCCGGGGUUUCGGUUCCACCCGACCGAUGAAGAACUGGUGAGUUACUACCUUAAGCGCAAGGUCUGUGGAAAGCCCUUCCGCUUCGACGCCAUAUCCGACGUCGACGUCUACAAGACCGAGCCGUGGGACCUUCCAGGUAAGUCAAGGCUGAAGACCAGGGACUUGGAGUGGUACUUUUUCAGUGUACUAGAUAAGAAGUACGGGAAUGGGUCGAGAACAAAUAGGGCUACAGAAAGAGGUUACUGGAAGACAACGGGGAAGGACCGAGCAGUCCUCCAUAGGACGCGGACGGUUGGAAUGAAGAAAACUCUCGUUUAUCACAACGGCCGGGCUCCACGAGGCGAUAGGACUAAUUGGGUAAUGCACGAGUACCGACUUGUUGAUGAGACGCUGGAGAAAUCUGGGAUUUUUCAGGAUGCAUUUGUGUUAUGCAGAAUAUUUCAGAAGAGUGGUUCAGGGCCAAAGAAUGGGGAGCAGUAUGGGGCACCAUUUGUUGAGGAGGAGUGGGAGAAUGAUGCCUUAGUUGUGGUCCCUGGUGAGGAGGCUAGGGGAAAAGAGGCAGCUGAUGAUGAUUCCUUUCUCGAUGCAAAUGAUAUUGAGCAGAUUCUUGGUACAGACAUUCCAUCAGGAAAUGUUCCCGUUCCUUUCUUCUACUAUGGGGAUAGCAGCACCAAUGUCCCGGACCCGCUGGAUUUCAUCGACGAUGCUCAAAAGCUUUUGUUGUCUAUGGGUGAAAGUUACUAUGCUCCAGACCAGCCUGAGGACAAGAAGUUACUCGAUUUCCCAGGGCAAAAUUACGUGGAUGCAGUUCCAGUAAAACAAGAAUAUGUUGGUGAAUCAAGCAAUGGUGCGAAUGCUGUGGAUCCAGAUUACUUGAAUGCUGUGGAUCCAGAUUACUUGAAUGCUAUGGAUCCAGAUUACUUGAAUGCUGUGGAUCCAGAUUUCUUGCUUGAUGAACCGUUUUUUGAUGUUACCAACAAUCAAUUGGAUAAAGGGGAAUAUCUGGAAACUGGUGACCUUUCAAACACCAUUUUGGGGGAUCCUUCUUAUUUGGACAUGGUUGAAGAGUACCUUACUUUCUACGAUGCAGAAAAUGGCAACUCACAGUACAUGCCCUUUGAUACUUUGGACAUGAUGGGAAGUGAGAACCCCUUUUCCGAUCAAUCAUGCCUCACCCAGGAGCAUCUUAAUGGAGGAGCCCAACAAGAGAGUAUGGGAAGCCAACAGCUGUGGCAAGGACUUGAAAAUGAUGCUGCAUUGUCGUCAGAGCAGGAGCUCGAAAAGCUUGGAUCCGGUAAUCUGCAUCCAUUAACCAAGCAAGUGAACCGCAAGUUAGGCAGCAUCCCUGCUCCUCCUGCAUUUGCUUCAGAGUUCCCAACGAAAGAAGCAGCUCUUCUGUUGAGUUCUUCAGCUCAUUCUUCUAGUCCAACCCAGAUUACAGCUGGUAUGAUCCAAAUAAGCAACAUGACCGCUAAUGGCAACAGGGCAUACUGGUCGUUUGGGAAGAAUUCCGAUGUCAAUAUCGUCCUUUCUUUUGGCCUGUCACCAGAUGAUCCGAAUCCUACCAAGGCUGGGACAGGGGUGCCGCGGUGCUGGUUGUACAUGUUUUUUGUCUGGGUUCUGAUCCUAUCAGUGAGUUGCAGAAUUGGGACCUACUUCUACACCGGCAAUGCUGCUUGAUAGGGAGGCUUACCAGUUUGUGGGUUAAAAAAUCUUGGGCUAUUUGGUGGAUAUUUACUCUUAUACUCUGAUCCGCCAUAUUUUGCUAGGAGGUUGUUUAUUAUUUAUAAUUUUUCGUUACCUCGAAAACUAUAAUAAACAACAUCCUGACAAAAGAUGGUGGAUCGGAGUAUAGAAGUCCGUAUCCACCAAUAUUGCCCAAGAAUUAUUUAAUAAAUAGUUUUAGUAGCAUUUAAUUUUUGGUGUUUCAGGAGUGAUGGUAAACUGCUUUCAUUCUGUAGUUGCUGGCUGUUUGUCAGAAUUCUGGGUUGAAACUUUUUGACCUUUCAACUGGUUAUAGAUAUAUGUACACAGCUUUGAUUUAUCUGUUGCGGAUUUAUUGGUUUAUUGUCUUAUCUAUAUAAAUACAAGAGUUGUUCUUUUA